UCGAUGCGCACCGCACUACGAACGCUUUCGGAAUGUUCAGUGUCCAACCGACGUCCAACCGGUAAAGCCACCGCUUUGCAAUGGUCCAGCUGCUGGCCGCCGGUCUGUUCGCGCUGUUCGGUAGUGUCGCCUUUGCCCAGUUCGAUCCUCACUUUAAACCGGGCCACCAGACGAUCGUCCAGCUGUUCGAGUGGCGUUAUCAGCAUAUCGAGCACGAAUGUCGUAGCUACCUUGGACCGCACGGAUUCGGUGGAGUGCAGCUGUCACCGGUGAAUGAGGUGCGCGACAGUCGACCGCCAACCUGGACGAAUCGUUACGAACCGAUCUCGUAUAAACUUAGCGGACGUUCAGGUAGCGAGACCGCCCUUCAGUCGAUGAUCACGGCGUGCAAUGAAGCUGGCGUCCGUGUGUACGUCGAGGUGGUGUUCAAUCAUAUGGCAAGAGCCAGUGCGGGCGAGGCGGCGACGACGACACGUGGUACGGCUGGUUCGAUCGUUAAUCCAGCGACACGAGAUUAUCCCGAUGCACCGUACAUAGCGGCCGAUUUCAACGAUCCGUGCACGAUCGUCAAUGCGAACGAUCCGCACGAGCUGCGCAACUGUUGGAAGGAGGAUCGUCCCGAUUUGAACCAUGGGCUGGCUCGUGUCCGUCAGCGGAUCGUGGACUAUCUGAACCGUCUGUUGGCACUCGGUGUCGCUGGAUUUUUCAUCGAUUCUGCCCUCUACAUGUGGCCGCACGAUCUGCGCGCGAUCUAUGAUCGGCUGCAGAACCUUAGCACCACCGUUAGUGCCGGUUACGCACCCGGGGCACGUCCAUUCGUCUGCUACGAUCUGUCCUACCAUCAACCGGGCGUAACACCGAACAUUAGCUGGAAGGAGUAUGCCGAGCUGGGAGUGUUGACACAGGAUCGCUUUGCGCUCGAUAUCGGUGAGGUGUUGCUGCGCAGAAAACCGUUCCACUACUUUGUCCAUCUCGGUACACGGUUAGGGUACAUGCCGCGUGAAAGGGCAUUGAUCUACGUCAACAAUCCCGCGUUGCUUCGUCAACCGGAUGCGGACGGGGAUCUGUUGGUGGUGUCGAUGCGUAAUGCCCGAGCUUACCGGAUCGCACUGGCCUUUAUGCUGGCCCAUCGAUAUGGGUUGGCGCGGAUCACGAGCUCGUACGAGUUUAGCAACCUUACCGAGGGUCCGCCCGUCGAUGCACAGGGACAGAUUGCACCGGUACAGUAUAGUGCGGAUGGCGGUUGCUUGCGGCCCUGGAUCUGCGAACACCGGUGGCCUACGGUAGCGAAGAUGGUGCAGUUCCGUCGGGCCACCAAAGGGACGGGCAUCGCCAGCUGGGUCGAUAAUGGGCAGAAUCAGAUCGGGUUUUGUCGCGAUCGGUCCGGAUUUGUGGCGUUUAAUGCGGAAAUAUCGCUCACGCUAAAGGCGAAACUAUACACCUGUCUCGAGGCUGGAACGUACUGUGAUCUUAUCAGUGAUGCGGCGUUGCUGGAAGGUGAUAGCGGUGCAGAGUGCCGUGGGACGCAGGUGGUAGUGGAUGAAGAUGGGCAGGCGGACAUUUUCAUCAAAACCCAGCUGGAGGAACCGUUUGUAGCGUUGCUAGCGACGAAGAAGCUGAACUGAACAUACUACUAGCGUUUGAUGGCGAAGAAGUUUCGUUACCGAAGAAGAAAAGGUGGAUUCACUUUUAAUUAAUUUUUUCAUUGCCAAUUCAUACAAAAUUGCUUGUUUGAUGUUGAAUCUAAGUAGUCAAAGAACGGUACGAACCAAUGCCUGCUGGUAUCUGCUAGGCUAGGAGGCUGAAAAUAUGGUCCUAGUAGCCGGUUUGUACAUUGUACUCGAAUAACUCACACAGCCUCGAAUAAAGGACAUUUGAUUCAACAUCUUCAUUGAUCGUAAAUCUGUAAAACUAUGUAAAACCAAUCCAGCAUGGUCUGGAUACAAACAUUAAAAGUAGCUCCAUUAUGGCAAUAUGUGUAAAAGAAAAGAUAGUAUGUUAGCUAUUAGUGAUUGAAUAAAAAUGGUUAUCUUUGCAUGCGGCGAUAAACAGCCGCAUAGA